AUGCCGAUCUACAAAGUUAACGUUAAAUGGCAGAAGAAUAAAUAUACAGAUGUAGAGUGUAACACAGACGAAAGCCCUGAGGUUUUCAAGGCCUCGCUUUUUUCACUCACUGGUGUUCCUCCUGACCGCCAGAAAAUUAUCCUACCCGGUGGAAUAUUAGGAAAUGAUAAUUACACUGGCAUUGAACUCAAAAAUGGAAUAAACGUGAUGCUGGUGGGGUCGAUUGGUGAGGUCCCUGUUAGCGUCGCGGUUACGUCUGAAGAAGUAGUGUUACCCCCAACAGAAGAUCCCAUCAAACUACCACGUGGCCUAAUGAACAUAGGAAAUACAUGUUACAUGAAUGCAGCCGUACAAAUGUUGUACUCAAUCCCGGAAUUCCGCCUGGCUUUACAAAUAUGUCCUCCACAUAUUCCUUUGGAUUCAACAAGUUAUGAUGCACUAUGCGAAACGUUGAAGUUUUUAUUCACAUCGAUGAGCAAAUCUGACGUACCACUCACCCCUGUGCUUCUCCUUACUUGUUUGCACAAUGUGUGUCCCCAGUUUGCUCGCGAAGCUAGAGAUGUCGGGAAAUCGCCUCAAAACCCAUUAUCCGUGAUUUCCCCAGUUUUUGAACAACAAGAUGCUAGUGAGUGUUGGACAGAACUUAUCCGGGCAAUACAAAGAGCUACAAUUGAUUUUCGACCUUCAAUGAGUAUUCCGAAUUUACCUGAAAGUUUCCGUUCAAAUUCAGAGUGGAAUCCUGUAGAUCGAUUUCUUACUGGUCGAAUGUCAUGCAAAUUAAGCUGCACAGAAUCGGAGGAACCUGAAUUAGAAACUGUAGAGACAUUUACUCAGUUGUGUUGCUUCAUAAGCCAAGAUGUGAAAUACCUGGUCACUGGCAUUCGAAAUGGUUUUACAGGAAAUUUAACUAAAUACUCGCCGCUGCUGAAUCGUAAUGCUGUGUACAAACGAACUUCUUUGAUAAGUCGACUUCCUGCAUAUUUAUCGAUCCAUUUUGUUCGCUUCUUUUACAAAGAAGAGAAGCAGAUUAGUGCUAAGAUUUUAAAAGAUGUAAAGUUCCCGCUUACUUUGGAUAUGCAUGAAUUUUGCACACCUGAAUUACAAAAGAAGUUACUACCGAUGCGCGAAAAAAUUCAUCUACUUGACGAAAAUGAACUGACAAAUCCAUCGAAUCAAACGAAAUCGUCAAAACUCAAAGCAGAUGCCAAACAACCUGAUCCAUAUCAAAAUCCUGAACUGUAUGAACCUUACUGGUUUUCUGAUGAUCCUGGCUCUAAUAAUUCUGGAUACUACGAGUUACAGGGAGUUUUGAGUCAUCAGGGUAGAACAAGCACUAGUGGACAUUAUGUUGCUUGGAUAAAAAGACAAGGUAUAUGGUUCAAGUUUGACGAUGACCGUGUAAGUCAAGUAACCCCAGAAGACAUUUUGCGCUUAUCCGGAGGCGGUGACUGGCAUUGCGCGUAUAUCUUACUUUAUGGACCCCGUUGUGUGAAGAAAGAAUCAUGUGAGAACACCGCGAACAACGCUGAAGCUUUAACGGCUAAUGGGAAUUCAAUGAAUCAUGGAGACAACUCGAAUUGCCAACGUUCAUGA